AUGCAGAUGGGCUCUGUUCCCGAGGCCGUGUCUCUCGGCAUCCGCAUAUCUAUCGAUCGCGGCGGCACGUUUACAGACGUCCACGCCUCCAUACCAGGCCGGGACGACAUCAUCCUCAAGCUUCUCUCUGUCGACCCAGCGAACUAUCAAGAUGCCCCCACUGAGGGCAUCCGCCGCAUACUGGAGCUGGCCACUGGCGAGCCACACCCCAGAGGCCGAUUGCUCGACCUGCGUCAUAUUGAGUCCAUACGCAUGGGCACGACUGUUGCGACCAACGCCCUGUUGGAGAGGAAGGGUGCCCGCUCAGCACUCCUGAUCACGAAAGGAUUCAAGGAUCUGCUUUUCAUCGGUAAUCAGUCGCGCCCUGACAUCUUCGACCUGACCGUGGCAAGACCAGAGGUGCUGUAUGAGCAGGUGGUCGAGGUUGACGAGCGCGUGACUAUGGAAGACUACACCGAGGAUCCCAGAUCUGUCAAGACCGCCGUCACAUCUGAAGAUGCAGAUCUCGUCACUGCCGUCACAGGCGAGACCAUCCGGGUUAUGCAGAGACCAGACCUUGAUGCCGUCAAGCCAUCCCUGCAGUCCCUGUGGGACCAGGGCUUCAGAUCCAUCGCGAUUGUAUUCGUCCAUUCCUAUGCCUACCCUGCACACGAGCUCCAGGUGGGCCAGCUGGCGACAGACAUGGGAUUCAGUGUGACGUUGUCGUCUGCUGUCCAGCCCAUGAUCAACGUGGUUCCGCGUGGCAUGUCGGCCAUGGCCGAUGCAUACCUGACUCCAGUGAUCAGAGACUACAUUUCGUCCAUCGAGGCGAAUUUCGCUGGCGGUUUCAACAGCGACGGCACCCGCAUUGAGUUCAUGCAGUCUGAUGGCGGCCUGGUGGACUAUCGCAAGUUCAGCGGCCUGAAGGCUAUCUUGUCUGGUCCUGCUGGUGGCGUGGUCGGUUAUGCUCAAACCUCGUGGGACGUGGAAGAGAGGAAGCCCAUCAUCGGGUUCGACAUGGGAGGUACCUCCACAGACGUAUCUCGGUAUGCAGGCGUGUAUGACCACGUUUUUGAGACGACGACAGCGGGUAUCAGUGUGCAGAGCCCCCAGCUCGACAUCCACACUGUCGCUGCCGGCGGCGGCUCGAUAUUGACCUGGAAAAAUGGCCUCUUCAACGUUGGCCCUGAAUCUGCAAGUGCCCAUCCAGGGCCUGCUUGUUACAGGAAAGGUGGCCCGCUCACAGUCACAGACGCCAACCUCUUCCUGGGCCGUCUUCUGCCUGAGUACUUCCCCAGGGUCUUUGGCCCACAUGAAAAUGAACCCCUGAACAGAGAUAUCACCGCCGAGAAAUUUGCAGCCAUGACGGACGACAUCAAUGCAGACCGCAAGCGCGCAGGUCUUUCUCCUUUCUCGGCCGAGGAGGUCGCUAUAGGUUUCCUUGAGGUUGCGAACGAGGGCAUGGCACGUCCUAUACGCGCACUGACCGAAGCUCGUGGCUACGAGACAUCUGCCCACCAUCUGGCCUGUUUCGGUGGUGCUGGAGGGCAGCAUGCGUGCUCCGUCGCCUCAGUUCUCGGCAUCUCAAGAAUCAUCAUCCACAAAUACUCGUCCAUCCUCUCGGCCUAUGGCAUGUCUCUGGCAGACGUCGUGCAUGAAGUACAGAGACCGGCCGCUGUGACAUACACACCUGACACGGCGCCAUCCAUUCACAGGCAGCUGGGCGACCUGGCGACACAGGCGUCCGACGAGCUGAGGAGCCAAGGAUUUGCCGAUCAGCGCAUUUCCCAUGACUAUUAUCUCAACAUGAGAUACACCGGUUCCAGUAGCUCUCUUAUGAUUUUGAAGGGCGAAGGAUGGGAUUUCAAGACCGAAUUUGAGAUUGCUCACAAGCGUGAGUUUGGGUUUCACUUCCCUGACAAGGCUAUCAUCGUCGACGAUGUUCGCGUCCGUGCUACGGGAGCGGCGCAUGCCAAGGUCGAAAAGAGCCCAUAUGCUCAGCUUAAGGCGGCUGAAGGUAUCGCCGCAAAGACACCAGCCGCAAGCAGCAGCAGCCGGGUGUAUUUUGCCGAGGGCGCCUGGGUCGAUACUCCCACCUUUGAGCUCCAAACGCUUCCUGUCGGGUCUAAAAUAACCGGCCCGGCACUCAUCAUCGACAAGACUCAGACUAUCGUCGUGACACCAAGCUCAAUUGCCACGAUCCUCGACAGCUACGUCGUCAUCGACCGCCAGUCCCGUCCGACUGUCACCUCCUCCAGCUCUGAGUUCUCCCCGAUUCAGCUGUCCAUCUUUGGCCAUCGCUUCAUGUCCAUCGCGGAGCAGAUGGGGCGCACACUCCAGAAGACAUCCGUGUCGACCAAUAUCAAAGAACGCCUUGAUUUUUCAUGUGCUAUUUUCUCUCCUGACGGUGGCCUCGUCGCUAACGCGCCCCACGUGCCUGUUCAUCUUGGCUCGAUGCAAUUUGCGGUUCGCUAUCAGCACCAGCUUUGGGACGGAAAGCUGAAAGACGGCGAUGUGCUCGUGUCGAACCACCCUGCCUGCGGUGGAACCCAUCUCCCCGAUAUCACAGUCAUCACACCCGUCUUUGAUGACACGGGCAAGCUAGCCUUUUACGUCGCCAGCAGAGGACACCACGCUGACAUUGGCGGCAUCCUGCCCGGGUCCAUGCCUCCCAACUCGGCAGCCCUCUGGCAGGAAGGCGCAUCUAUCGAAUCUACCAAACUCGUAUCUGAAGGUGUCUUCGACGAGGAAGAAAUCACCCGUCUCCUGCUUGACGAACCCGCGAAACACCCCAGCUGCUCCGGCACGCGCAAGCUUGCAGACAACAUCUCGGACCUCAAGGCCCAGAUUGCCGCCAAUCAAAAGGGCAUCACGUUGAUCAGAUCGCUCAUCGCUGAAUUCGGCCUGGAUGUUGUUCACAGGUACAUGUAUGCGAUCCAGACAACAGCAGAGAUCGCCGUGCGAGAGCUCCUCAAGCGCACGCUGGCCAGCAACGGCCCUACACUGACGGCUGUUGACUACAUGGACGACGGAACUCCGAUCGCGCUUAGCAUCACACUGCGCGAGGAUGGCUCCGCGACAUUUGACUUCACUGGCACUGGGCCCCAGGUGCUGGGAAACACCAACGCGCCCAUCGCCAUCACCCACUCCGCCAUCAUCUACUGCCUGCGCAGCCUUGUCAACUCAUCCGUGCCGCUGAACCAGGGAUGCCUGAAUCCGAUCGAUAUCGUCGUGCCGCCCGAGAGCAUUCUCAGCCCUGCCAAGGGCCUCGGCGUGGUCGGCGGAAACGUGCUCACUUCGCAGCGCGUGACGGAUGUCGUGCUCAAGGCCUUCCGUGCAUGUGCCGCUAGCCAGGGCUGCUGUAACAACCUGACCUUCGGCACAGGCGGCAAGGAUCCGGUAACGGGCGAGCACGUGGAAGGGUUCGGCUGCUACGAGACGAUCGCUGGUGGCGCCGGAGCCGGGCCGGGCUGGGCAGGGGCCAGCGGCGUGCAUGUCCACAUGACCAACACCCGUAUCACGGACCCAGAGGUGUUUGAGAAGCGGUAUCCGUGCCUGCUGCGCCGUUUUGAGCUGCGAAAGGGGAGCGGCGGGAAGGGCAAGUGGGAUGGUGGCGAGGGCACGGUGCGAGAGAUCGAAUUUCGGGUUCCUGUGACGUGCAGCAUCCUCAGCGAGAGGAGGAGUAGGAGGCCCUUUGGUAUGGAGGGCGGCGGAGAGGGCGAGAUGGGGCGGAACUUGAUUGUGAGGAAGACGGCGAGCGGGUGCGAGGAGGUUGUGAGCAUGGGCGGGAAAUCGAGCGUCCAGCUGGAGAAGGGCGAGAGGGUGGUUGUGAUGACGCCUGGAGGUGGAGCCUGGGGAACAGCUGUGUAA